AAAAAAUGUUGCAACAUUAUAUACAUGGAUGUUGAAACUGUUAGAUUGCACCUUUUUAAAUUUGGAUUUGUUGAAAACUAUUCUGUUUGGAAGUAUCAAGGGGAAAAAGAUGUGACUGGUGUGACGUCUUCUAGCAGUGAUCUACAUGGUGGUGUUCAACCUGCAUUAGGAUAUGACAAUCCAUACCGACAAAUGGUUUUAGAUGCAGCUGGACCCAACUUUGGUCAGGGUUCUAGUUGGCAAUCUUAUAGUGAUACUGAAUUUGAGUCAUCUCAUCAUUUUGAGCCUUCAAUGGAGGACGAGGCUAAUCCUUCAAUGGAAGAGGAGCCUAAUCCUGAGUCUCAAAGGUUUUACGAUUUGCUAAAGGCCGCUGGUAUAGAAUUGUAUCCUGGUUCUUCCCUCUCUCAACUCGCAGUAGUUUCUAGGAUGUUAAACAUUAAAAUGGAGAACACUUUAUCACAGAGGGGAUAUGACCAAAUGAUGCCAUUGAUGAAAGAGGCUUUACCUGAAGAUAACAUAAUGCUUGAAAGUUAUUAUCAAACCAAGAAGCUAGUGCGUAGCUUGGGUUUGCCGGUUGAAAAGAUUGAUUGUUAUAAUUCAGGAUGUAUGUUGUAUUGGGGUGACGACGAAGACCUCACAUCUUGCAAGUUUUGUGGCUACGAGAGGUUUAAACGUCGUGUUGGUUCUUGUAAGAGGAAAUUAGUCCCUUAUAAAAGGAUGAUAAUUUUCCUUUGAUUCCUAGAUUACGAAGAUUAUAUGCAUCUCAUGCUACAGCCGGUGACAUGAGAUGGCAUCAUGAGCAUAUACAGGAGGAGGGGGUAAUGCGUCAUCCAUCAGACUCUGAGGCUUGGAAGCACUUUAAUGAAACUCAUUCAUUUUUUGUUGCUGAACCAAGGAAUGUGAGGCUGGGAUUAUGUACUGAUGGUUUCCAACCAUUUGGUCAAUCAGGAAGAAAAUACUCUUCGUGGCCAGUGAUUAUCACUCCAUACAACUUACCUCCUUGGAUGUGUAUGAAAGAGGCGUACAUGUUCUUAACUGUCAUUGUUCCAGGGCCAACCAAUCCUAAAUAAAAAAUAGAUGUUUUUCUACAACCUCUAAUAAAAGAAUUGACCUUGUUAUGGGAAGAAGGUGUGGAAGCAUUUGACAUCUCAAAAAAGCAAAAUUUUCAAUUAAGGGCGGCUUUGAUGUGGACAAUAAGUGACUUUCCAGCUUAUUCUAUGUUAUCAGGAUGGAGUACUGCUGGCAAGUUAGCAUGUCCUUAUUGUAUGAAGGAAGCACAAUCUUUUAGAUUACGUCAUGGUGGGAAAAUAACUUGGUUUGAUAGUCAUAGAAUGUUUCUUGACCAACAUCAUCCAUUUAGGAAAGAUCGUAAAAACUUUCUUAAAGGUCAGACUGUAAAAAGGCUACCACCAGCACUUAGAACGGGAGAGGAAAUUUUGAACUAAAUUAGUGAGUUAGGGCUAAGAAAAGUAACAGAGGAAGAUGCACAAGUAGUUAAUUCGAGACUGUAAAUCUUGUGGAUGGAAAAAGCGAAUCAUCUUUUGGGAUUUGCCUUAUUGGAGUUCUAACAUGAUUCGGCAUAAUCUUGACGUCAUGCAUAUUGAAAAGAAUGUCUUUGAUAAUGUAUUUAACACAGUUCUUAAUGUUAAAGACAAAACCAAAGACAAUCCCAAAGCACGUUUGGAUAUGCUAACCUAUUGCGAUAGACCUCAGUUGGCAAAGGAUGCUAGUGGAAAAUAUCCCAAAGCUGCAUAUACAAUAGACAAUGAAGCAAAAGAUAUCUUAUUUAAUUGGGUGAAAGGUUUGAAGUUUCCAGAUGGGUAUGUUUCAAAUUUGGGUCGAUGUCUAGAGACGAACUAGUCUAGGUUAUUUGGCAUGAAAAAUCAUGAUUGCCACGUGUUCAUGCAACGAUUAAUGCCUAUUGCCUUUCGUGAACUACUUCCUAGUAAUGUGUGGCAGACACUUACAGAAUUGAGCCUAUUUUUUAAAGAUCUUACUUCGACCACUCUACGAGUGGUUGACAUGGAGAGAUUAGCAAUAGACAUCCCACAGAUCUUGUGUAAGUUGGAACGUAUAUUUCCACCGGGGUUCUUUAACUCAAUGGAACAGUUGCCCGUGCACCUGCCAUAUGAAGCAAGAAUUGCUGGACCUGUACAAUAUCGAUGGAUGUAUCCUUUUGAGAGGUAAAUUUAAAACUUCUAUGUCAUAAUAGUGACAAAUAUGCUACACAUGACUUUUUAAUUUAACGGCUAUUCAUUUAUCUAUUUAGGUACCUUGGAAGUUUGAAAAAAAUGAUUGGGAAUAAAGCUAGUGUUGAGGGAUCUAUUUGUGAAGCAUACUUGAUGACAGAGUCAACACAAUUAUUUUCUCAUUAUUUUGAGCCCCAUGUCAUUACACGUAAUCAUAAUGUGGACCGGAAUGAUGAUGGUGGUGUUGUGGAAGAUCAUAAAGGAAAUUUAUCAAUAUUUACACAUCCAGGUCGACUAUCGGGAGAAACAAAAAAGAGGAGUUUAGCCUUGGAAGAAAUCAAGGCUGCCCAAACUUACAUUCUACUAAAUUGUAAAGAGGUUGAGCCAUUUGUAAGAUAUGACUCGAGGGAGAGGCAGAGAUAGCAUAACUCGUGGAGACAAGUCUUCAGUUAGGGGUAGGGGUAAUUCUACUAUUCGUGCAAAUAUGCCUUCUGUUCCCAUUCCCAUAAUCAGUCUUCAACAAGGUGGUACAAGUUCUUUAGUUGGGCAGAAUCACAUAAAUCAAGUACAAACUUUAGCUCCUAGCAGUAUGACACCCGUUCAAACAUCAGGGCAUGGUAGUACCCCAACUAUCCAUUCUGAAUCAUCUCCUAAUACACCUGAUCAGAGUAACCCAAUAGGUGAGGGCAUAUCUACUCAAAGCAACACAAUUGGCGAAGGUGAGUGUGCCAGUAGUCACGGGCAGCGGACACUUGUUACUCUUGCUCCUACAGGGUUAGAACCUAGUGGAUUAUGCUCGACGAAAAUAUUUAAAUCUUUCAAGCAUGAACUUGAUCACAAUGGAAUCAAUUGGAAAAGUGUCUCUGACGAGAUACAAAACUUUUAUUGGGGAGAAUUCAAGAAGAAAUUCUAUUGGUACUCUUCCAUUGAUAGUGCAGUGAGGAGCCAAUGGGAGAAUAAGGCAUCAAUAAGGUACAAAGAUAUCAUUUCCAAAAUGAAAACUAAAAAAAUUAGGCCAAGAGGUGUUCCAGUAGAAGUGUGGGAAAGUUGGGAACAACUUUGGAAAGAUCCCAAGUGUGUUGAAAAGUUAGAAAUAAAUGCAAAUAAUCGUCGUGGCGGUAGGGGUGGAGUCUCCACCGGGACUCACACAGGCGGCUCUGUCUCCAUUGGGGAGUAUUGCAAGAGACUUGCCGUUGAAAAGGGUCGAGACCCAACACCAAGUGAAUUACAUUUGUACGUCCAUACACAUGGGCAUGAUGGAAAAUCUUUUCUUGAUGAGAAAGCUCGAAUCGUUCAUGAACAAACAAAAACUCAAUCUGAUAUUGAUCAAUGGAAAGCGUAUUAUGAAGCCGCGGGAGGGGAAAAGAAGAGAAGAGUAUAUGGUCUUAGAUCUCAAGCAAAAUGCUACUAUGGACCGAAUCUUCGUGGCUCUUCUGGAUCAGAUGCUUCAUCGUCAAUACCACCUUCGAGUGCUCAAUCAACAUUGAACCUAGAUGAGUUAGUGAUGCAUUUGAUUCCUACACUAACAGAGCACAUAGUUCCUGUGCUAACUGAUCAUAUGCAUCCAGUAUUGACUGAGUGGGUGCGUGAAAUGAUUUCGUCACCCUCACUGACUUCUACUGACCGCCCAUCAGAUGUGGUACCAACAGUUCAUGCUCCUCCUACUGCUACUGUUCAUGGGGUUCAUCCAUCGGUUUCAGAUGAUGACCUUAACCCCUAAGCCUCGUAUUUGGAAGCUUUUUGUUUUGAACUUUAUUAUUGGUGUUAGGGAUAAUUCGCACCUUCUUGGUUUGGAAGCUUUUUGUUUUGAACUUUAUUGUUGGUUUUAGGGAUAUUGCGACGGAUAUUUUUUGUAACAAAAAUAAAUAUAUAAAAUAACACUGUGACAGAUUGCAACAGA